AAACAUUUUUUUAUUUAUUUUCAUUUUUCAUUGGAAAGAAUUCGCUACACAACAUCCGCAUGAAUAAAGUCAAAAUAGAUGCGAAGAAAACAGCACCACAUUGUUAGUGACCAGCUAAAACAGAUAGUAAACACACUUCAUCAGAUUAUGAAAUUAUCUUAUACAUUGCAAAGUUACGAAAGAUUUUAUGAAUACGAAAAGUGCUUAAUUUGCGAAAACGUGACUUAUUCAAUACAAAUUUUACGAUCAAUCUCUGAAACUGUUUCUGAAAAUUCAAAUCUUCCUGAUCAACGACAGGUAAUAAUUACUAUCACAGUACUUCAUCAUAAUUACUAGAAAUUAUUCCAAACAACACACGUGUGUUUUAGUGUUGAACAAAUCAAGUCAACAUGAGUACCAUAUCCAGCGAAGGAUCGGACAACAGCGACGUAAUUCUAAUAGCCCGCGAAAUCGCAGUUCCGAAGUGUAUCAUGUGCGAUGAAAUAUUGUUAGGUCAACCGUCGAAACCAAAGAUAUUGAUAAAUCCGGAAUGCCUACACACAAUGCACGAAACCUGCGCAAAAAGAAGAUUACUACUAGAAAUAGAUGGAAAAAUAGAGAAACAAACAGUACAGUGCAAAGUCCACGAUUGCGUAAAGACAUACAAUUUCGAAAAUUUAAAAUCCAUUGAGAUAGAAACGAUUUCGGUGUCAACUGAGAUGAAUCGAUUCAAGCUAAAAAUUUCAUCACUAGAGCAAGAACUACAAGCUGCCAAAGCUGAAAUCGAGAAACAGGAAAACAAGCUACGUAAACAACAAGGAGAAAUAACAAACCUUCAAAACGUAAUUGACUUCUUAAAAACCAAAAUUGCGACGAAUGAAAAUUCUACCUUCGAUAUUAAUAACUCUCAACCAUCCACAUCCACCGGCAUUCACCACGAAAGUAAAUCUUUGCGUAAAACAUCCAAACAACAAAACAAUGACACUGUCGACAAAUCAAACGAUGAAAAGAAACUGAAACCGAUCAACGAGAAGCUAGAAACAAUUGAAGUCAAACCAGAAGAAGAUAACGACGCAGAUUUAAUUCAGAACGAAGCCGAAGAUAAACUGAUCACACCAUCGUACCCAGCUCUCACCAUUUUAAAAAGAAGACCAACUAUCAUGGAAUUAGAUUUUGAAGUACAUAACGGAAACCAAAUACGAUUACCAGUUGACAUAACAACGAAAUACCUACAUGAGGAAUGCAGAAAAAGUGGUUUUACUUUUAAUGAACCUUUACCUCAAGAGUUAAGCAAUAUAUUCAAGAUCAUCGAAAAAUGGAAUCAUAUUCGAAUUGUAAAACACCUCCCAAAUGGUGAAAUCGUAUACAUGCUAAAUAAAUUCAUGGUUAUCGGUGAUAGUUUAGCUCUAGGAUGUGUAAGAGAUGCCAUAAGCAAAUUUCGUAAAACACAAUGCGUAAAAAGCAAAUUCAUGGGAGCCAUGGUUUCUACACCAUUACUAAAGAGGAACGUAAAGGAUCACUUAAAAAUCGUUACGGAAGGAGUAAUUGUGUCAGCAGGAGCCCAUGACUUACGAAAAGAAAAAAAUGUAAAACACGCGAUGAAUAACAUGAGACAGCUGAUUUCCGUACUAAUCGAAAAAGGAUGCAAACGCUUAUUAAUCAUACCGCAAUAUACCAGUUAUGCAACGAAGGAAACACGCAGAUUUAGACAAAGAACAAUUACAUACAAUCAAUGGCUUAAAACAUUAGCGGGAAAAUACUCAAACAUAUGGAUCAAAUAUGCAGAAUGCGUGGAUGAGAUCGAUACCAAAUAUCCAGUCCCAAGGUAUAUUGAUGAGAACGGCAACCCUUUUCCAGUGUUCAUGGCAUACCUCGACAUAAUCCUACAUAUUGCGUAUCACGUACACAGCAGCGAAAAAUACUACUAAUGAAAUUUUCGUAAUACAUCUCAAGAAAACAAGAUACGUCAAAUUAAUUGAUAUUUCUCGAUGCUUGAAUACUCAAUUUUCAUUUUACGUAAAACAUUCAAGUAGAGUUUUUGACGUAACUCUAGGUUUACCAUUAUCGUAAUUAUAAGAAAGAAGAUUAUGUUCCGUUUAUUUCUAUUUUACUCAGCCGUAAUUAAAAAUAAUCAUUUGUUCACGUAAUUUAUAUAUGAAAAUAAAAAUAAAAAACCAUCGCUUAAACACGCUAUAGUUCUUAUUUAACAUCAUAGAAGGGUAAAAGGCAAAAGCCCAACUAGUCAGAGCAGUUUCAUCUGUUAACAAAAACCUGAAAUGGGUAUUCCCAACGAUAACCGGCUGAUCGUAUAAUCUUCAAGAAAUACUUUGCUCCAUUUCUACUCAGCAUUUACAACAGUGAAGUACGAAAUACGAGUAAAAUUUUCUCUAGUGGCGUAAUUAAAAGAAAAUUUACAUCAAGACAAUUCCAUUUAUUUACAUCAACAAUUUCCAAAAUGGAUAGCAGAAUAGUGAAUAUCGUGUCUUGCUCAUCAUGUAAUCAAUCACUGGCUGAGCCCCCGAUCGUUGAGCAAAUAGAAAAUCCUCUCGUAGCAACCACGUGUACGCAUCUGUAUCACCUGCAGUGUUUGAAAGACGUAAUAGAUAUUGCUCCACCUGGUGCUGUAAAAUGCGUAUUCCCUAGAUGUGACCAAGAAAUCCAACCAGACACUCAUUAUUUCGUAAAAGGUAACAUGAAGCAAAUUACCAUGAUAGAUGAAUUUCGUAACACACCGUCUUUCCUCGUAAGUCGAAUCAAAGAACUAGAAGAAGAAAAUCAAGAAUUACGUAAAACAAAUACAUCACAAGAAAUAGAAAUUCAACGCAUUAAUAAUAAAGCUAAACAAAGUAUUCAAAAGAUUAUUGACCUGAAAGCAAUCACGAAAACAGUAGAAUUUUCAACACCAGCACCGAAACUGGAGGAAAUCAAACGUGACUCACCGUUGUCCGAAGAGAAUAAUCGUACUGAUGACGACGGAGAAAUGCUUGAGAUGAAUUUUACCCCUUCAUAUGAAUGCAUGUCUGAUGAAGAUAAAAAAUCAACGAACUCGAAGAUAACAAAAGAAGACAUACAAGAAUUAUCACCUAUAAAACAAAAAACAAAAGAUAAAUCUCCAAUUACUAAAAAAGCGAACAGUACCAUAAUUAAAAUAAGACAAAGCAGUAAUGAUCGUAAACAGUUGUCACCGAAGAAAAAAUCACCAGAACGCAAAAAAUUAAUAACACCGCCACGUAGCAAAUCUCCAACUAAAUCAACAAUCACACGUAUUCGCCCUACGUCUCCGGUAUACAAACGACCAUACGUAAAACCAAAUUAUUCUAGCUAUCGAUAUUCAACACGCGUACCGAGAACACCAUUAGGAUAUAACAGAAGACAUGAAUUACGAAAACAAGAUUACGAAAGACGCAACUCGAAACGCUACGAAUCUCUGAUGAUUUAUCCAUCUUCUAAAUGUUACCCUAAACCUGGACAAUUUGCGGCGAUUAAGACAAUCAAACAUUUACGUAACUCGAUAACAAUAGAUACCUAUGCAGAAAAAAGAGCUCAAACAGUAUAUUUACCGAUUAACUACACUUUAUUUCGAAAAGAGCUGGAAAAUUUCAGUUACCCGCUAAUGAACAGAGCACCAAAAGAAGUAUACAAUAACAUACGCCCGAUCAAAGAUCAUCUAUUUCUCAGAAGUUUUUCGAUGACAGUUGGAAAUGGUGGUUCUGAAACAAUCUUCUUGAUUCAAAAUCAUUUCAUGAUUGGAGAUGGAGCAAUCCAACAAAUUGUCCACACAGCCGUAAAAGCAGAUCCCAGUUAUGUAGAUGCGAUGAAAUUUAAUGACUUCAUACAGCCAAACAUCUCCGUUGACCAACUCGAACGCAAUAUUGACAAACACCUUCUAAAAUCAACGCGAGGUAUAAUAAUGUCGGUAGGCCACAAAGACCUCAUGGAUGGGACCUGUGAAGAAAAGUUAAAAUCUCAGUAUUUACGAUUAAUAAACACUUUGGAACGCAAAGGAGCUGAAACAAUAGUGAUAUUACCUCCAAUCCUGUUAAAAGAGUUUAAGGAUCAAGGUUCUAAAUUACGAGAUUGGCUACAAAGAACAGCACAUGAAAGACAGGAAACAGUAACAUACGUAAGACAAGCGGAAUCCAUACUUGACCGAUCCACUCCAAUUGAAAAAGGUGAAAACGAAGCGCCGACAAUGAUACAACAUAUCAUCUUAGAACUGAUCCUGGGUCUCAUUCCAUUCCUCACCGAAUAAAAAUUCACACAUUGAACCAUUUCGAAAAUCUUCUGAUCCUAUGAAACAAUUUGACACAAAGUAUUCAAGCAUUUCACAUUGCGUAACACAAGAGAAAUAUACUUCCCGUAAUGAUUGUUCACAAAUGGUUUCAACUGAAAUGAAGAUUAAUCCAAGAUAUUAUUCAUCAUCAAGAUAGAAACCUGAAACAGAAAAACAGAAACACAUUAUUAGUUGCAAAUAAUUCAAAAAUUUCGUAAUACACAUACUUGUACUAUUUAUUAUUUUUUAUCUUUUAAGCAAGAAGCAUUGUAAAAUUUUUUUUUCUCCUCCCUUAUCAGUAAGCAGUGUUAUCUAUUUUUUAUUUUUUUAUUCUACAAAUUAUGUAUUUUAAUAUGUUUUUACCUAGUACAGUUUCCAUUUUAUCCAUUCAUUCAUUUCUCGGAAGGUCCAUGUUCAAGCGUAAUAACCAAAUGUUGACAUAAUUCGGGGCAGAAGAAGAGGAGAUCGCAAUCAUCUCUUAAUUUGAGAAUUUAUGUAAACACUAUGCCAUUACACAAACUCGGGGCAUAUGUAGAGACAGAUUGUGAUGCAUUUUCGGUCGCGUAUGCGAGAGAAAUUCGUUCUGCCUCUAGCCAACAUUAAAGAUAGUUUCGUAAUACGACACCUAGCGGAUUAGUUCACUCUAUACUUCGUAACGAGAGAACAUACGCUAGAAAAACCAGUCAUUUGGCGACUCCCGAUGAUAAAACAUCGGAUAUCAAUGUUCCGGAGAUGGUAUAGGACCACCUAUACCAUGCUAUUUGCGUAAAUCUAAUGGACUAAAUUAGUAGCACAAGUCCAGUCAUAUACGAAAUAUGAACUGGUAAAGCAAGUGAUCUAUUUCGAAUAUGUUCUGUGUUCCAGUUACGUUGAUAGAGUCGUUCAGAUGCACUCGGGUCCAGGAGUUAUUACGUAAAACAUCCGAGGAUCCUUAUUGUAAAUCUCAUCUAAAUGAGUAACAUAUAUGGACCUUCCCACAUCCGUGUACUGUUCCCUAUUCCCUGUGGUGAUGUGCAUUGCACUUUCUUAGGCAUGAAUAUGCUAUCUCUCCUUUUCGUAAUACUGUACAGGCCAGUAUAAAUAAUAUAGCUUGAGUAAGUUGUUAUUAUGUACUUGAAUAAACAAUACAUGGAAUGACAACUGAA